AUGGACAUUCCACUUAAGUCACGUCCAAAGGUAUCAACCGUCAACCUAAUUGAUGAGUCGAAGUUUCAUCUCACUCGAGGGCAAAACCAUCCUCAAAACCAACAACAGCAAAAACAACAACAGCGACGUCUAGAGGGUGAUAAUAAUGGCUAUGAAGUUGCAUUCGAUGACGACCAAUUGGAAAUUAGAAAGAUUAGAGGAGAUAGAUUCAACAAUAAAGUACGGCUGCAAGUAACAUCUGGUGGCGUUACCAAUGGUAAUGGCAAUGGCAAUGGCAGUAAAGAGGAUGAGGACAAGGACAACCAAUUCUAUAACGACUUUUCGCGGACCAGAAGGUUUUCAGAAACAGAAAAAAAUAAUUUUGAUCUGGUUACUGGUCAUCGAAUAUUUCAAGACGGCAAAAUCAGGCCCCAGACAGUGAGACACGAGGGCACUAGACAAGUUCCGAAUCAGGAUCAACCGUUUGUUUAUGACAACAAUGGCAUUUAUCAAUACAACCAAGAUAGUUUAACAUCUAGGAGUCCUGAUAAAUUGUAUUCUCGGUCACAUGAUAGCAAUAUCGAUGUUGGGCUUGCAUAUUCGCAUGGGUUAGAAGAUGAAUACAUUCCGGGAUUGGAUUUCCGUGAUAUGGUAUACAAAUGGAAUCAAUCAAAUACAGGUACAGGUGGGAGCGGUGCAGACCUUAACCUUUCCAGACAACCAACAUUGAGCCACAACAAUUCAUUUUCGUCUACCACCACGUCAAACACGCCAAGAAGUAAUAAUGCCUCGUACUUGGAUUUGAACCAGUUACACGCGCAAGUAGCACCACAACCAAUACGCCCUGCGUCGCAUCUUCACAAUAAUCACAAUAAAUUCUCCUAUACUAAAUUGCAUGAGUAUAUGAAAUCACGGCGUUCUGAUAUCACCGAGUCGCAAAUUGAUAGUGAGGAUAACACACCGCGAGGCACAUAUGCUAUGAAGAACGCUUCUAAAAUCAAUAAUGGAGGUGUAGAUGAUGACGCGACCCCAUCACCAACCGAUACGACCAAGAGAGAAAUUUCAGACGGUGGUAAUAUAUCCGCAAGAAGGCAACUGAAGAAGCAAAAACCAAGUGCUUUGAGUGUAGGUAAUAUUACUGGUGUUGAUGUUAAUACUAAUGCUAAUGUAGGUGUCGUUCCUCCAGGUGAUGUCAACUAUGAAAUGAUCCUCAAUUGUCUUCCGCCAAACUUUAAUGAAUUGCCCUAUUCGCAAAGAAAGAAAUUGGUGCGCUCGUUUUCAGAAAGCAUUGACUAUUCACAAUUUUCUUUAUUUGCCAAGAACUACUUAGGAACCUCAUUUGGGUCUACUGGUAGAACCCCACGCGGAAGUAUUGCUGAGCCAAAUGAUAGCGGUAUGAAUGCUGGAGGUGCUGCUAACAGUUUUGGUGGAGGUAGUUUUUCUAGGAAACUGCGUGUGGGCAGUGCAAACACAUUGGCAGGUCGUCUUUUGGCAAGAGCAUCAACUACUGAUGUACGAAAGGGUUUGAAUGACACAAAGCCCAAGACCAAUGUGGAUGAAAAGGGUGCAUACGUUUUAGGAUAUGAAUUAGGAAGGGUGAUUGGAUUUGGUGCAUGGGGUACAAUCCGAGAAUGUGUUUCCCCCACAGAAGGUGUCAAGGCUGUAAAGAUUGUCAAAUCUUGUAGAGAUAUUGGUGGUGAAGUGGUUAGGUCCGGUUCUCAAAAUCAAAAUCAAAAUCAAAACCAGAACCAAAAUCACAGCCCUGGACCAACUAGACACCCAAAAGUGUUGGAAGUAUUCAAAAAAGAAAUAUCAGUAUGGAAACAAUUAAAACACAAGAAUAUUAUUGCCAUGAUUGACUAUGUUGAGACUAAUGACGCUAUAUUUUGUAUUAUGAAUCGUAUCAAUGGUGGCACCUUAUUUGAGCUAGUAAGCAAAUGGGGUCAAUACAACAUUGGUUUGCUAAACAGUACUGGCCCCUUUGAGUUUCUGACUGAGAAACAAAAAGACAGGUUGGAACAAGUCAUUGAUUGCACGAGACAAAUUGUUGACGCAUUAUUGUAUAUGCAUGAAGAGAAGGGGAUAGUUCAUGGUGACUUGAAAUUGGAAAAUGUAUUAGUGGAAAAAGAAGGGCAUCACAAAUACAAGAUGAUCUUGUGCGAUUUUGGCAUGUCGCGUGUUUUUACCACCAGGCUCAGUCGCCAUUCCUCGGUAAAGGUACUGGGUAGAACUCAAUUAGAUAAUACAAAUACUAAUGGUAACAACUUACUGGUGCCCCAUGGUGAUAGUGACGACCUGGAUGCUGCAGCUGCAGCUAUUGAUGGAUCAAUGAUUCGAAGCAAGAGCUCUAAUUCUGAGAUGCGGAAACCAUACAAAGGCGGCCAUUCGUCACGCACAGCCAAUCUUGAUUUUAAUAUCCGGGAUGAUUCAAAAAUUGGCCUACAUGGUUUAUAUAAAGCCCAUGGCCCUUCAAUUCAAUCUGUUCACUUGACCCCGAUUGCCUCAGCACCAGAGUCUCCUUCCUCUGAGUCGCUCUUGGAAUUUUCCAAGACCUUUUUACAACGUCAACGAAGCCUCAAUGCCAAUGGUGUUGAUUCAGACUUGCCUCACUCACAUAUCGGCUCAUUGCCUUAUGCAUCACCCGAGUUGUUACAACCUGCCCCGCCUCCAUUAGGACCUCUGGCUGAUGUUUGGGCCUUGGGUGUGUUACUUUACGCAAUGUGUGUUGGUAAACUACCGUUCCAACACCAGUAUGAGCCCAGGUUGAGAGCUAUUAUUGCUGCUGGACAGUAUAACAAAGAUGAAUUGAGAAAAGCCUGUCUUCUUGAAUGGAUUUUGAAAGAGAGUGAUGUGAAGAAUUUGAAAAAAGGUGCUGGUGUUGUUGAUAGUGACAGUUUGCAAGCUGCAUUGUCACAUUCAAUGCCAGACAUGAAGAGGCAAGAGCAAAUCAGUGCAUUGUAUGAUGAAUGGAAAAAGAGCAAAUUCGAGGAGCUGAAAGAGUUUGAAUUUUUGUAUGAUAUUGUUGUUGGAUGUUUGGAAACUAAUAUCACAAAGAGAUGGGAUAUGGAAAUGAUUCAUGAUGCGUUGCAAAAAAAAUACACAGAGAAAUAA